GCUUAUCUGGACGUCGUCGUAGCUGAUCAAAACCCUAAAACCCUCACCGAUAUUCAGAACACGAUGCUCUUCUUCGUCUUCAAUUGAAACCCUAUACAAACUGAAACAAAACAUGGAAACAAUUACGGCCAUGGAUGUCGAGGAACAACCUUCGCCCACUCCCAACAACGUUAAUCACUUCGCUCUUAAAAAUUCUAUUCAAACUAAUUUCGGCGACGACUAUGUUUUCCAAAUCAUCGCAAAGGAUGAUUGGAGUGCAAUGGCAGUGUCACUAUCAACAAAUUCAGUGAAAUUGUAUUCACCAGUGGUGGGUCAAUAUUAUGGAGAGUGUAAGGGUCACACUGCAACCAUCAAUCAGAUUUUGUUUUCAGGUCAUUCCAAUCCCAAUAUUCUAAGUUCUUGUUCUUCAGAUGGUACUAUUAGAGCUUGGGAUUCAAGAACAUUUCAGCAGGUUUCUACUAUCAAUGCUGGUCCUUCUCAAGAAGUUUUCAGCUUCUCAAUUGGAGGGUCUAGUGGAAAUUUAAUUGCCGCCGGUUGUGAUUCACAGAUACUCUUAUGGGAUUGGAGAAAUAAUAAGCAAAUUGCAUGCCUUGAAGAUUCUCAUGUUGAUGAUGUUACUCAGGUUCAUUUUGUCCCUGAUGAACCAGGCAAGCUCAUUUCUGCUUCAGUAGAUGGGUUGAUCUGCAUAUUUGAUACCACCGGAGAUAUCAAUGAAGAUGAUCAUCUAGAAUCGGUGAUUAAUGUGGGAACUUCAAUUGCAAAGGUUGGAUUUUUUGGAGAGAGUUAUCAGAAGCUUUGGUGUUUAACACAUAUUGAAACCCUAGGUAUCUGGGACUGGAAAGAUGCUAGAAAUGAAGUAAACUUCUCAGACGCGCGUGCUUUAGCUUCUGAAAGCUGGACUUUGGAUAAUGUUGACUAUUUUAUUGAUUGUCACUACUCCAGAGAAGCUGAAAAAUUAUGGGUGAUUGGCGGCACAAACGCGGGUACUUUGGGCUACUUUCCAGUAAGUUACAGUGGAAUGGCAACAAUUGGAGCUGCAGAAGCAAUUCUUGAAGGUGGCCAUACAAGUGUUGUAAGAAGUGUUCUACCCAUGUCCAGAAUUCAUAGUGGACUUGGUAGUAGUGCUAGUAGUAGUAUUUAUAGCUCAGACAUUUUUGGAUGGACAGGAGGGGAAGAUGGUAGACUGUGUUGUUGGCUGUCUGAUGAUUCACCUCAAAAAAAUCAAUCUUGGAUUUCAAGUACAUUGAUUAUGAAACCAGAAAGAACUUGCAAGAAAAAUCGUCAUCACCCCUACUAGUAUUAGUAGCCCAAUGCCAUAAUUACUUACACAGUUCCAUGACAAAAGGGCUAUUUUUUGUUCAUUUAGUUAGUUUCUUUUUUCACUGAACUAGGGUUGGGAUGUGAUGGAUUUUUUUGUAUGUACUGUGUGUAAUAUUUAACAGUAGCCCUGUUUUUAAUAUUAAAAAGGAAAUUCAGAUCAUUUGAUUCAUUAUGCAAUA